AUGACUACCCAACUCACGGCAUUAAACCUGGCUGCUGUCAAAGAAGCAUACACUUUGAUCAAACCGAAGAUAUGGAAAACUCCAGUCUACAAAUCAGCAACACUAUCACAUACCAUCAGUAGCUCCAUAUUCAACAAAGACAAGAUUGGAGCCACCGGCAUCCCAAAAAUCAAUGUAUUUUUCAAGUGUGAGAACUUACAAAAGACCGGUUCGUUCAAAUUUCGCGGCGCCUCCCAUUUCCUCGCAAGACAGAACGAUCAGGCGCUCCGAAAUGGCCUAGUCACUUAUAGCACUGGUAGAUACUAUCUCCAUGCUCUCUCCUCUCAGAUGGGCAAAAUCUCCAUGAUAGAAAAGCUCGGGGCUACUGUAUCGGCUUGCUAUCCGACAAUGGAGGCUUGUGCAGUACGGGCAGAAGACCUGCAGCGGAAGGCUGGGCUGACCUUGGUCCCAACGUCUGGUCACUGUCAUGUUGUCCUGGGCCAGGGUACUGUCAUGCUCGAGUUCCAACAGCAGGUUGCAGGCCUGGGAGAGAAACCACUAGAUGCUGUCAUCGUUCCUGUUGCUGGAGGCGCAUUAUUGGCUGGUACAGCUCUGGUAUGUCAGGAAGCGAGCUCCCGCAUCGAUGUCUUUGGGGCAGAACCGCUUGAGGGUGGACCCUCGCUCUUCCAGGGCCGCCAAAGGGGUCGUCGCAUCAGUACCUUAUGUCCCGACAAGUCAACCAUUGCGGAUGGUCUUCGUUGUCUCGUGGCCAAGUCGAACUGGGAUAUCCUUCGAAGCAAGACGCAUGUUCAGGAUGUAUUCCCAGUAGCUGACAGUGAGAUCCGGACAGCUAUGCGACUAGUUCUAGAGGGCACGAAGCAGCUUGUUGAGCCGAGUGCAGCAGUGCCACUAGCCGCCCUGCUCUUUAAUAAACGUCUCCAUUCCAACUUGGCUCGGAGGCACGGCCCGUUAAAUGUUGGUAUCAUAUUGAGUGGUGGAAACACAAGCGUAGAGAGGCUGCUUUCGCUCUUUACGUGA